AUGUUAACAAAUGCCGCUAGUAAAGAGUCUGUAAAUUAUUCAAGUAAUGCCGCUAACGCUACAAUAAGCAGGCCUACACACAUACGUAAUACCUCGAAAUUUAUUGACACCAGCGCAUCACCCAGUAGUAUAUUUCCAGAUAGUGAUGGGAAAUAUGGGAUUGAGACUACCACAAAAUUAGCUACAACUUAUGAAGCAGAAAGCUUACCAAAUAGUGGAUCCAGAAAAAUAAUCACCAAUAGUUUAAAUAUGACAAAUAAUUUUAACGAGCUUAAAGACUAUUCAAAUAAUGCCAUUAACGCUACAAGCAUACCUACACACAUACGUAAUACCUUGAAAUUUAUUGACACCAUCGCAACACCCAGUAGUAUAUUUCCAGAUAGUGAUGGGAAAUAUGGGAUUGAGACUACCACAAAUAUAGCUACAACUGAUGAAGCAGAAAGCUUACCAAAUAGUGGAUCCAGAAAAAUAAUCACCAAUAGUUUAAAUAUCACAAAUAAUUUUAACGAGCUUAAAGACUAUUCAAAUAAUGCCAUUAACGCUACAACAAGCAUACCUACACACAUACGUAAUACCUCGAAAUUUAUUGACACCAGCGCAACACCCAGUAGUAUAUUUCCAGAUAGUGAUGGGAAAUAUGGGAUUGAGACUACUACAAAAUUAGCUGCAACUUAUGAAGCAGAAAGUUUACCGAAUAAUGGAUCCAGAAAAAUAAUCACCAAUAGUUUAAAUAUGACAAAUAAUUUUAACGAGCUUAAAGACUAUUCAAAUAAUGCCAUUAACGCUACAACAAGCAUACCUACACACAUACGUAAUACCUCGAAAUUUAUUGACACCAGCGCAACACCCAGUAGUAUAUUUCCAGAUAGUGAUGGGAAAUAUGGGAUUGAGACUACCACAAAAUUAGCUACAACUGAUGAUGCAGAAAGCUUACCAAAUAGUGGAUCCAGAAAAAUAAUCACCAAUAGUUUAAAUAUCACAAAUAAUUUUAACGAGCUUAAAGACUAUUCAAAUAAUGCCAUUAACGCUACAACAAGCAUACCUACACACAUACGUAAUACCUCGAAAUUUAUUGACACCAGCGCAACACCCAGUAGUAUAUUUCCAGAUAGUGAUGGGAAAUAUGGGAUUGAGACUACCACAAAAUUAGCUACAACUUAUGAAGCAGAAAGCUUACCAAAUAGUGGAUCCAGAAAAAUAAUCACCAAUAGUUUAAAUAUCACAAAUAAUUUUAACGAGCUUAAAGACUAUUCAAAUAAUGCCAUUAACGCUACAACAAGCAUACCUACACACAUACGUAAUACCUCGAAAUUUAUUGACACCAGCGCAACACCCAGUAGUAUAUUUCCAGAUAGUGAUGGGAAAUAUGGGAUUGAGACUACCACAAAUAUAGCUACAACUGAUGAAGCAGAAAGCUUACCAAAUAGUGGAUCCAGAAAAAUAAUCACCAAUAGUUUGAAUAUCACAAAUAAUUUCAACGAGCUUAAAGACUAUUCAAAUAAUGCCAUUAACGCUACAACAAGCAUACCUACACACAUACGUAAUACCUCGAAAUUUAUUGACACCAACGCAACACCCAGUAGUAUAUUUCCAGAUAGUGAUGGGAAAAAUAGGAUUGAGGCUACCACGAAAUUAGCUACAACUUAUGAAGCAGAAAGCUUACCAAAUAGUGGAUCCAGAAAAAUAAUCACCAAUAGUUUAAAUAUGACAAAUAAUUUUAACGAGCUUAAAGACUAUUCAAAUAAUGCCAUUAACGCUACAACAAGCAUACCUACACACAUACGUAAUACCUCGAAAUUUAUUGACACCAGCGCAACACCCAGUAGUAUAUUUCCAGAUAGUGAUGGGAAAAAUGGGAUUGAGACUACUACAAAAUUAGCUGUAACUUAUGAAGCAGAAAGUUUACCGAAUAAUGGAUCCAGAAAAAUAAUCACCAAUAGUUUAAAUUUCACAAAUAAUUUUAACGAGUUUAAAGACUAUUCAAAUAAUGCCAUUAACGCUACAACAAGCAGACCUACACACAUACGUAAUACCUCGAAAUUUAUUGACACCAGCGCAUCACCCAGUAGUAUAUUUCCAGAUAGUGAUGGGGAAAAUGGGAUUGAGACUACCACAAAUGUAGCUACAACUGAUGAAGCAGAAAGUUUACCGAUAGUGGAUCCAGAAAAAUAA